AUGCCCGAGUGCAGAUCAAACAAACCACAUUCGGAGACUCUUUGGGUCCUGACCUCCUCUGCUCCAGCUUCACAUGUGCACAACUUUUAUGUCCACGACAGAAAGAAGACCGCGAGCAACAACUUUCUGACACAGUAUGGAGAGGAGCUGACGCACCGUUACCACAGCACUCACGGGGCUACACUCAUGCCUUUGCAGAAGAAAAGGAGCGCUUUUCUUCUUUUUCCCCGACUUUUGGACACUUUGACCGCGCUAUUACGCACGAUGCGCAAGGGGAUGGCUACACAUUGGAACUUACGAUCAACAGGAAUGCAACAUGUUUUCUACGUCUGUCUCUCAUUGUCGGCGGCUUGUUCUUACAACAUAGACCUAGAGCAUCCUUUGGUGUUUCGUGGACCUAAUUCUAGUUUCUUUGGAUACUCUGUUUUGGAGCAUUUUCAUGACAACACAAGAUGGGUGAUAGUAGGCGCUCCGCGGGCGAACUCUACCUACAGUAGCUCUGUGCAGUCUCCGGGAGCUGUGUACAAGUGCCGGGUCCACAGUAACCCCGAGCGCCGCUGCACGGAGAUGGACAUGGGCAGAGGAAACAGGCCUCGGGAGUCGUGUGGGAAAACGUGCCAAGGCGACCGGGACGACGAGUGGAUGGGGGUCAGUCUGGCGCGGCAAGACAUAGCCAACGGCAAGAUAUUGGCCUGCGCUCACCGGUGGAAGAACGUCUACUAUGACUCUGAGCAUAUUUUACCCCAUGGAUACUGCUCCAUCAUCUCAUCAAAUCUACAGGGCAAAACCAGGCCUCUUAUUCCCUGUUACGAAGACUAUAAGCAGAAAUAUGGGGAAGAGCACGGCUCGUGCCAAGCCGGGAUAGCUGGCGUAUUCACCGAGGAGCUGGUGGUGAUGGGGGCUCCGGGGUCGUACUACUGGACCGGGACAAUCAAAGUUUACAAUCUGACCUCGGACUCGUUCUACAGCCCAAACCAGGAUGAGGUGGACUCGCACAGAUACAGUUACCUCGGCUACGCUGUGACCGCGGGACACUUCUCCUCACACAAUGUGAUCGACAUUGCGGCCGGAGCGCCUCAGCACAGCGGCAGCGGCAAAGUCUACAUUUUCAAAAUCGAUGGCGGCUCUUUGGCGAAGACUUUUCAGGCCUCAGGGAAAAUGAUGGGCUCCUACUUCGGCUCCUCAUUGUGUGCAGUGGAUCUGAACCAGGACGGGCUGUCGGACCUGCUGGUGGGAGCCCCCAUGCACAGCCAGCUCCGGGACGAGGGCCAAGUGUCUGUGUACCUCAGCAAAGGCAACGGCGUGAUGGAGGAGGCCGGCGUGUUGACCGGAGACAGUGCGUACAAUGCACACUUUGGGGAGAGCAUCGCGGCGAUCGGGGACAUAGAUGACGAUGGUUAUCAAGAUGUAGCCAUUGGAGCUCCAAAAGAGGGCGACUACAGUGGAGCAGUCUAUAUCUAUCAUGGAGAUGCCACAGGGAUUAUUCAAAAGUACUCCAUGAAACUGUCUGGACGCAGCGUGGCCCCUGGUCUGCAGAUGUUUGGCCAGUCCAUCUCUGGCACUGUGGACAUGGAUGGCAACGGUUAUGCAGAUGUCACAAUCGGCGCGUUUAUGUCAGACAGCGUUGUACUUCUAAGGUCUCGUCCGGUGGUCACUGUGGACGUUUCCAUCCUGCUGCCUGUGUCCAUCAACAUCUCUGUCCCUCAGUGUCACGAGAGCAACAGCCACAACCUCAACUGCUUCAGCGUCACUGUCUGCAUGCGUUUCCGCGGGAGACAGCUGCCGGGCCAAAUAGAGCUGCUGUACAACCUGACUGCAGACGCAGAUAAGAGACACAAGAGCCAGCCGUCUCGCGUCUACUUCUCACAAGGCGGCUCCCAGGUCUCUCAGCUGAGCCAACAGCUGAGUCUGGACAUCAACAAGGAGCAGUGCCAGCCCUACACGGCCUACGUGAAGAAAGAUGUGAAGGAUGUGUUCACGGCCAUCUCCUUUGAGGCCGCGUACAGUUUGGGUCGACAUGUCAUCUCCGGACAUCGGGACAGAGACCUCCCCGCACUCACUCCGGUUCUGCGAUGGAGGAAAGGAAACAAAAUAGCAGCAAAGAAUGAGACUUAUUUUGAGAAGAAUUGCCUGUCUGAUGACUGUGCUGCAGACUUACGACUUCACGGGAAAAUGUAUCUCUCCGGGAUCCAUACAAAGCCGCAUUUAGCCCUGGGAGGCGUGAAGAACAUCUCUUUAAAUCUGACCAUCGCGAACAUGGGAGACGACGCAUAUGACACCAACAUUUACUUUAACUUCUCCAGAGAGGUUUUCUACAUCAACUUCUGGCAAAAGGAAGAGAAGGGCAUUUCCUGUGCACUUGUUAACUUGGACUUCCUCAAAUGCAGCGUGGGAUUUCCUUUCAUGAGAGCACAGACCAAGUAUCAUUUCGCAGUGAUUUUCGACACCAGCCAGCUCUCGGGAGAAAAUGACACGCUGCAAUUUUUAGUUCUAGCAAAAAGCGCCAACCCUGAGCACAAACUGCACGACAACACAUUGGACCUAUCCAUCCCUCUCGUCCAUGAGACUGACACCACCAUCACCGGUUUGGUGGCACCGAGCUCCUUCGCUUAUGGAAACACUGUGGAUGCUUCGCGCUUUGUCCUGUUAGACGACAUGGAGUGCCAGUUUCAGCCGCUCAAUAUCACUUUCCAGGCCAUAAACAACGGUCCCAGUCGUCUUCCUGGCUCCACUGUGGACGUUCGGAUCCCAAACCGCCUGGUCAGCAACGGUGCAGACAUGUUCCACAUCGUCGACACACAGGUGGCAGAAGGCAGAGGGAACUGUACCCCGCACAAAAACCCAACUCCAUGCACCAUCCCACAGGACAAAGAGAGCAUCUUUCACUCAAUAUUUGCUUUUUUCACCAAAUCGGGUCGCAAAGUCUUGGAUUGUGACAGACCCGGACGAGCCUGUAUGACCAUUACAUGCACUCUUGGUCCACAGCUCAAAGAGGACAUUAUAAAUAUUGAUAUAAAACUUCUACUGAACACUGAAAUAUUAAAAAGGGACAGCUCCUCUGUGAUCCAGUUUGUGACGAGGGGCAGUGUUCAAAUCAGUGAGCGGGCAGUGGAGGUGCCAAAGGGGCUGCCGGAGGAGAUCUCAUUGAUCUUUGAGGCGCUCCACAGCCAGGAGCCCCGGGGGUACGUGGUGGGCUGGAUCAUCGCCAUCAGCCUGCUGGUGGGGAUCCUCAUCUUUCUGCUGCUCGCUGUGCUGCUGUGGAAGUUGGGCUUCUUCCGACGACGCUAUAGAGAAAUCAUCGAAGCUGAGAAGAACAGAAAGGACAGUGAGGAAAGCUGGGACUGGAUGGAGAAAAAUCACUGA